AUGCACGAUUUUAUCAUGGCUGAGGAUUGUAAGUUAUGGGAUAUCAUAUGCGAUGGUCCUUAUGUUCCAACCAGAGUACUACAGGAACUCCCAUUUUCAAUGGCAAAAACCAACAAAGAGUACACUGAAGUAGACAACAUAGCUGUGGAGAAGAAUUUUCAUACCAAAAACAUUCUAGUAUAUGGAAUAGGACCUGAAGAGUACAAUAGAAUCUCCACCUGUGACACUGCCAAGGAGAUAUGUGAAGCUUUGCAAACAGCUCAUGAGAGAACUACACAAGUAAAACAGUCUAAGAUUGACAUGCUCACUACCGAGUAUGAACUCUUCAAAAUGAGGGACGGCGAAUCCAUUCAAGAUAUGCAUACGAGAUUCACUUCUAUCAUAAAUGAGUUACACUCCGUUGAUGAAAUCAUUCUCAGAAACAAGCUAGAGCUGACCGUAGAAGAGCUGAUCGGAAACUUGAAGACCCAUGAGUUAAAGAAAAAGAUAAAUAGUGAAAAAAGAGAACCAAAAAGGGAAAAGAACCUGGUACUUAAAGAUGAUUACAAUGAUUCAAGUGAGGAAGACAGUGACAUGGCUUACCUAACCAAAAGAUUUCAGAAGAUGAAAGAAUUCUCCAAGAACCAUCAUGAGAAAACAACUAAGACGAACCCGGUUCCUGUCAAGGACUUCAAGAGAAAAAGAUCUGUUGACAAUAUGAUGAGACAAUCUCUUGCAGCAUGGGGGGAUUCAUCUAGUGAGUCUGAAGAUGAACCUGAUACUGGUGAUAGUUCCAUGAUGGCAGUUGAAGAUGAUGUAUUAAUCACUGGUUUUCAUAGUCUUGUGGAGGAUAGGGAUUCUUUGACCUUAGAAUUAGGAGAAUCUGAACAAACUAGAGACGACUUAGUGGUUGCAGUUACUGACCAUAAGAAAACCGUUGAAACCCUCAGAAAAGAAAAAAGUGAUAUGUUGGCAGAAAUUGCAGACCUAAGGGAAACAAUAGUUAAACCAUGGACUAAGUCAAAACCUGAAAGUUCUAGAAAGGGAAAGGAGAUAGCAAGUGAGGAACACAUUAGGCUUGAAAGUGAGGUGAAAGCUAUGAGAUUUAGGAUGUGUGCUGAAAUUGAGAAAAACGAGCUUUUCCAAACUAAUCUGGAAAGAGUAAAUGAUGAUCUUGAAAAGUCCCUAAAGUGGACCUGGGAGCAGGGUUCCAAAGGGAGAAAACUCCCCCACAACCCUCAUAGUAAGUACGUCACUAUCUCUGAUAACUGGCCUUAUACCCGAUGUGGGAACACUAAGGGCUUCAAUGAAGAUGUCCAGGCUAAGAAUCAAUCAGUUCAGAAAAACAAAGUGUUUGCUGAAACGAGUGCUGAGGAAGAUCAAGAUGAAGGACCCUCAUUAGUUCCUGGUGAAAUCAUUAACAUGAUAAAUGGAAAGGCAGAUAUGAUGAGUCAAGUAAAGGAGCCAAAUGAAGAAAACGCUGCUUCAUCUUCAACAAAACCAAGCACUUCAAUUAAAACCACUGAAGUUGAAGAAAGAGUGGUUGAUGCAGUUUAG